AUGUCUGAUAAUUCUGAAAGAGAAAGUCAAAGCUCUCCAAGUCCCCAUGCCUUCAGUGGGGAAGAGUUUGAGAGUGGUAGCCAUAAUGAAGACUUGGGUACUGAUGGGGAAAGUACUGGGUCUGAACGUGUGGUGGAAGGGCUGAUAGUGGAGGGAAAUAGGGUUGGGGGAGAAGAGCAGUCAAGGAGUUCUGGGGGGGAAGCCUAUAGGGAGAUGCAGAGGAACUAUGUGACCCUAGAAGCUUGUGCAAACUGGGUGUUGGGGAUAACCCAGGCACCAGAGGCUAGUGCAAGUGGGCGGGCUGGGCCAUCGGGGUGUGGUACGGUGGUAGUAGCAUCCGCCGAUGUGGGCAUUCCAAUAGGGGUUCCACUACCGAAGAAAAAUAUGAUGAGUCUGUAUGAUCUAGAGUCACUGAAGGCAGACUAUGCUAUACCUGAUUGUGUGGGGCUGAGGUUGCCCAUACCUACUGAAGCGGCUAGAUACCCCCCCGAGGGUUGCGUUAUGGUGUUCUCAGCUAUGUACAAACAUGGAUUGAGGUUACCAUUGCAUCCUUGGGUGCAAAUGAUGCUUUCCAGAUUGGGCUAUGCCCCUGGGCAGUAUAAUCCCAACUUCUGGUGUAUACUGCACAGGGUGUACAUAGCAUGGUGGUUGGCGAAACGAGGGGAGCCCUCCUUUGAGCAGUUCAUGCAUCUGUACUCAGUGUCCAGGCAACAGGGCAACUUUGGCUGGGUGCAGGUCAACUGUCGAAAGGCGAAGGAGAGGGGAUACUUUAUAGGGCAACCACCAUCGUCGCAGAAGACGUGGCGAAAUCGAUGGUUCUUUGCCUUUGGUGAUUGGGAGUGCUGGCCUGGGACGACUGUCAGCAAACAUGUGCCUACCCAUUUUCAAUCUAUAGGUUCUGUGAAGUGUAGGCCAGUGUCCAGGGAGGAAGAGGAAGAGAUAGAGCUGGUGAGGAGACAGGUGCCCCAGGAGGCGCGUGAGCUGAAGAAUAUUGUGACACCAGCCCUUCUUCUACAGUCGGGGUUACUUCAAGGAAUGGCUGAGGUAUCGAAGAAGGUGGUGACCGUGGUUGAGACGUCACCGAAGGUAGUGGUGGAUCCGGAGGAGAGGCAACGAAAGUUGCAAGAGAGGAGAGAGAAAGAUAGGGCCAAUAGGGCCAAGAAGCAGGCAAAGGGGGCCGCCGAGGGGACAGCAGCUCGGGCUGCUGGGAAGCGGCCUCGGACGGAGGAGGAUGAGCAGUUGGCUGAGCUGGAGAAGAAGCGGAGGGGACUCGAGUCUUCGAUCCAUGACGUCAUGGGUGGAACAGUUUGCGGCCACUCUGUCUGCCGAGGCCACGAGUCCUUCGGAGGCUGA